CAUCUUUGGAAGCUCUGGUUUGUUUGGGAUGACUUUUAUAGUGUUUGGGCCACAGGCGCUUUUGGUCUCCCAGGAUUUGAAUCUCCUAGUCAAUAAACAAGACUUUGGAAAGAGAUUUUGAAAAGUAAAGAAACAUUGUAUGAACCUACUCACCAAAGUUUUUCCAUCUUACAGCUUUUUAAAACUGGAUUAACCCUCAAAAAAGGGGAUUCAUGACUUCAAGUAUGUGUACAUGUGUAUGUGUGUACUUGUGUUUAUAUGUAGCUACCAGCUCUAUUCUUUCGUCUGCAUAGACACUCAUUCACCCUGAAGUCUCCAGUUAUGGGAGCUGCUCGGGUCAAGCGGCGCUUCAGCGCAGUGGUGGAUACGCCCCUUGACGAAGAGGAGGUCAUGAGGCUAGCUCAGAGUGAUGAUGUCACAGGAGCCUGUGGUGGGGGUCCCCCAUCUCCAACUUGUAAUGGCAAACUGCUCAACUUGCACCACGGCAAUGGAGGAGGAGCACCAGGGAGGAGUGGUGAGGGUGAUGAGGAGGAGGAUGAUGAUGAAGAUGAUGAUGAAUGUGAUGAAGCAAUCAGUGGAAGGAGGGGAGGAGGAGGGAAAGGAGGCCGUGGCCCGGCACUCGGGGGUGCUGGCAGGCGGGAAGGGGGGUGGCAGCGAGCCCAGGGGAGUUGUUCCCCAUCUCCUUCCCCUUCGCCCUCCCUGUGUCUCCCAGGCCACCGCCGCCGCCGGCCCCGUGGGCGCUUUGUGGGCAAGGACGGCCGCUGCAACGUCACCUUCGUCAACAUGAGCGACAGGGGCCAGCGCUACCUCACUGACCUCUUCACCACAUGUGUGGACAUCCGCUGGCGCUGGAUGCUGGUGGUCUUCACCCUCUCCUUCCUGCUCUCCUGGUUGCUUUUUGGUUUCACCUUCUGGCUCAUCGCUGCUGCACAUGGGGACCUAACAGUGCGGCCAUCAUCAUCCUCCUCCUCCACAGCCACUUCUUCCUCUUCUUCUUCUUCUUCUCAGUCAACCUCACUGGACUCUAAAGUGGAGCAUUCUAGUGCACCAGUAGUAAAUCCUGAGGAACACUGCUUUCAGCAGGUAAACAGCUUCAUGGCUGCUUUCCUAUUCUCUCUGGAGACUCAAACCUCUAUAGGCUACGGUUUCCGCAGUGUGACGGAGGCCUGCCCCCUGGCGGUGCUGGCUGUCGUCUUGCAGUGCAUUGUGGGCUGCAUCAUCGACGCUUUCAUCAUCGGGGCGGUCAUGGCCAAGAUAGCCAAGCCCAAAAAGCGCAACGAGACACUGGUGUUCUCGGAUGUGGCCGUGGUGGCGAUGAGGGACGGGAAGCUCUGCAUGAUGUGGCGUGUGGGAAACAUGCGCAAGAGCCACCUGGUGGAGGCCCAUGUCCGAGCACAGCUACUGAAGCCAAGGUUGACCCCAGAGGGGGAGUUCCUACCUUUAGACCAUGUGGACAUCAAUGUAGGCUUCGACACAGGGACUGACCGAAUCUUCCUGGUGUCUCCGGUGACCAUCGUGCACGAGAUUGAUGAGGAGAGCCCGUUCUUUGAGAUGGACCGGCGGAAACUGGAGUCUGAUGAGGAGCUGGAGGUUGUGGUCAUUCUGGAGGGCAUGGUUGAAGCCACGGCCAUGACCACACAGUGCCGCUCUUCUUACCUGGCUUCUGAGAUACUUUGGGGUCACCGCUUUGAGCCUGUGCUCUUCGAAAAGAAAAACUGCUACCAGGUGGACUACUCGUACUUCAACAGGACUUAUGAGGUUCCAGACACGCCGUGCAGCAGCGCUAAAGAUCUGUCGGAGAAAAAAUACAUCCUGGGCUCCCGUUCCUCUUUCUGCUACGAGAACGAAGUGGCAUUGCAGCUCUCCUCGUCUGCUCCUCCCUCCCCCAGCAAAAUCUCUCCAUCCCCCUCUCCCUCUCCUUCACCCACACUCCCCACACCCCCACCCCGGCGCGGCUCCCGCAAUGAGCACCCACACACACAUUGAGCCCCCCCAAGUGCCGGGGGCAAAGGGCAUUGGGCACAGGGGAGAAUUAGGGUCAGACAGAGGGAGAGAGAAGAGAGUGAAGUGAGACAGAGGGCAAAGAAAGAGGACAGUUAGAGGUAAUGAUGGGGUUCAAUGAGGACAGAGAGAAAGCCUGAGACAAAGAACGAGAACUUUGACUGGGCAGGCAGUAAAGAAAAGAAUAGGGAUGGGAUUAAUGACAGUGGGUCAUAAUCAGGAGAAUAGGACAAGGAAAGAGAAAAUGGCUGAGAACGGGAAAGGUGGGGGUAGGGUCCUUUCCUUAAGCAUGACUUAAGGAAGCAGGGAUAGAGAGAUGAGCAUGAAUAUCAGAUCAGGACUGAAGCCUAACAGGAACAGCGUGGUGCAGCCCACAUGUAGGAUCAGUCAAUGAAAGUGUACUGAGGAUUAGCGUGAGGCAGAAAUUAAACCCUGCCACGGAACAGGGCAUGGUUGUAGUGGGAAAGGUCAGCAGGAAAGUUGGGGUAAGUAAAGCUCAGGUUAGGAUCUGCAAAAAAACAGAUGAAAAUUAAGUGACCAAAUAUAAAAAACAAAUUUGCCUCCAGAAAAUAAGACAUAGAUUGGACAGAAAGUGUAUGUGCUUGAGAGAGAGAGAGAGAGAGAGAGAGAGAGAGAGAGAGAGAGAGAGAGAAAGGGAGGGAUUGACAGGGCUAUUUUGAGAUGAGGAGGGCUGCAAUGCUGACCCACUUGGCUGAUUGGACCUGGCAAUCUUUCACAAUCAGGGGAAACUGUUCACUGGGUUCUGUUUGUGGCAGAACACCAGCCUGGUUCUGCUCUAGCAAGUACCUAACAGAAACUCAACAGUGAUCCCAUGUGGCAGCAACAAGUAACAACAAGUCAAUGUGGUUCUAAAUUGGUGUAGGCAAAACGCCCAGUAUCAGUAAACCAUUACAAACAAACAUAACAAACACUCACAGUAAGAUGGGAGGGAGAGUGCCAAUGCUUAUGAUACACUCUCUUUAACCACCUUUUGUGCUUUGGUUUUUACGUUUUUUUCUGUCUGUCUGUUUUGCACAGACAUCGGCUACAACCUGAUACAGAAUAUCAGUAACUGGAUUAAUGAACAACCUUCAUUCAGUGAUGAAGUGUAUUGUUUCCAGAAUACUUGUUGCAGGUUCUGUUGUGUCUUCGACUGGAUGUUGGUCUACUUGCUAGAGCUGUUAUAGAGCAAGACACCAUUGGAAAUCUGCUGUACUUGAUGUUUCUGUAUGUACUGUGUGUCAUGAUUAUAUGUCAUUGUUUUUUUUAUUUAAUUACUAUUCCAUAUAUUCAAUACAGAGCAUAUAUAUAUAUAUAUAUAUAUAUAUAUAUAUAUAUAUAUA